AUGGAAGCUACUAGGGAGGAUGGUCCCCCUGUUGCCACUAAAGCUGCCCACACCUCCGCUGACAUUGAUCUCAACCUUGAUGAGGCAAUGGAAGAUUUGGAGAUGAAUGACAGUGAGGAGGAUGCUGCUAAAAAACUGCAAGAAGAUGCUGGAAAAUUGCAUGAUAAUGCUAAAAAGCAGCAGGAUGCUGAAGCAGCAUCGGUGGAGGGCUCUGAGGUAGAGGAGGAAUAUGAGGAUCUUAUUGCUGCGGAGCUUGAGAAGCUGUAG